GCUAGGAGGCUAUCAUGGCGAGACGAACGUUGUGCUGCGAGAAGGGUUUUGAGUUAGACCAAUCGAGGUUGGCGAUCUUUCGGCGAUAAAGGGUCCUGGCGGAUCCAUUGAUUGACUCAUUUUCGGCGAUAAUGCAUCCAACGUUUUUAGUCUGACCCCCGAACCUAAUUCACAUGUCCCUAUGACGAUUUGUUUAGACUUGGAGAGUUUCGGAGCUUAGUUGAUGUCGUCGAGCUCUGCUCUCCCACGGGUAUAAAAUGAACACAGGAAAUCGCUGUCAAGAUCUUUUGUUUGUAUCGCUGCUCAAUAGCAAUACAGCAGAAAAGGCAAUAGUUCAACAUAUCAUCAAAGCACCUACCUCUCAUCUGCCCCAUUCAAUAUCAACUGCAGCAACAUGCCGGCUCACGGAAACUACACGACGGAAAAGGUCCGCUAUCCGUCCCACGGCGAGACAAUCGGUGCCGUUCUCUUUCGGCCUAUCGGUGUCGCUAAACCUCCUGGCAUCGUUCUCACGGGGCCCUACUCGUUCAUGAAGGAGCAGGCACCGACACAGUACGGUACCCGCCUGGCCGAUGAGGGCUACGCGGCGCUGAUCUUUGACCCGCGCACUGUGGGUGAGAGCACGGGAAUGCCUCGACGACUCGAGAACCCCAAAAUGAAAAACGAGGAUGCAGUUGCAGGACUCGACUAUCUCGUUUCCCGCGGCGACGUCGAUGCCUCCAGACUCUUCCUCGUCGGCAUCUGUCAAGGUGGACCUGAGAGUCUAGACAUUGCCUCGUACGAUGACCGCGUCAAGGCUGCGGCGUCCGUCUCGGGCUACUUCCGUGACCACGAGACGGAUAUUUACAUGAUCUGCGCUGGCUGCGUGCCCUGGGAACCGGGUGUCGACAUUGGCUCGCUCAAGAUGCCCACACCGGAACAAGGAGAAGCGCUAUUGCAAGCGCGUCUCGAACGAGCCCGCAAAGCUCGCGAGGUUUAUGACAGUACUGGCGAAGUUGUGUACCAACCCCUGGUCGACCCCGAGGCCGCCGAUCCAGACACCGGUGCAGUAGCAGGUCUUCCAGGUCCUGUGGUAUGGUCCUGGUACGGACCGUGGACCUUGAAGGGAUUUGAGAACCGCUACGCGGUCAUGAGUGACCUGGACCAUUUUUCCUACACCACCGUCCCAGGAGUGGCGAAGCUGAACAAGCCGGCUUUGAUCAUCCAUGGGGACAAUUGUAUGAAUGCGCCUGCGGCCAAGAGACAUUUCGAAUCCAUUCCGGCCGUGAACAAGAAGCUUAUCUGGAACAAUGAUGUCUCCCACUUCCAGCACUACGACCAGCCUGAUGCGGUCGACAGGAAUGUAGGCGACAUUGCGAAGUUUUUUGCUAGUUUUUGAGUUGGUGGUAAUCGUGGAGGACUUUGGUUCUGCAGAUUUUAAAAU